CUAUAGUAUACUCCUCCAAAGUAGUAGCACUCUUGUUUAAUACCACACGAAGGCACACAAGUUUGGUCCCAAAAGGUUAAGGUCAUAGUCAUAUCUUGCUUGCACCUCCAAAGGGCCGACGACUACAACACCUGUCUUUCUCCUCCUCUCCAUCAUUCAACGCUCUAUCUAGAAUCGACCCCACGCUCUCUCAUGCGCUACUCCCAUGUCCGGAUCCGCAUCAGGAGAAGGAAAUCACGACGGCGGCCAACUCUACGGCGAGGACGACACCGUCUUCUUCCAGAGUCCGGCGUGCGGCGGUGGGGACGAUGUUGGUGCAACCCCGUCGGCCUACUCCACCAUCACCGACUACCUGCACGGGCUCCUCGACCCAGCAGAGCUCGCGAGGCACCUGGACGCGCCCCCGUGCUUCCCAACGGCGAGCGAAGUGAUCGGCGCCGAAGCGGCCCCUUUCACGUCCAACUCGUCGACGUCGGGCGAGGCAGCGGACGAGCCCCGCGGGUGCAAGAGAGGCACGCCGGCGCCGGAGGAGGACGAGGACGGAUCGGCCGAUCAUGGCAGCUGCAGGAGCAACGAGAAGGAGAAAAAGAAGAAGGGGAAGGGGGAGAAGAAGGCGCACGGCUCCCGUGUGGCCUUUGCAACCAAGAGCGAGGUUGACCACCUCGACGAUGGCUACCGCUGGCGCAAGUACGGCCAGAAGGCCGUCAAGAACAGUUCCUUCCCAAGGAGCUACUACCGGUGCACGGCCACACGGUGUGGGGUGAAGAAGCUGGUGGAGCGGUCGCAGCAAGACCCUUCCACGGUCGUCACCACCUACGAGGGCCGCCACGGGCACCCAAGCCCCGUCGCCACCCACCGUGGCCCACGGAUGCUAAUGGCCACCGGUGCCAACACUGCCUACGCGCUUGCCGCGCUUCAACAUCAGCAACAUUGCUUUUUUUCAGCUGGUGCUGACGUCUACGCUCCGUUGGUGGCACACCGAUUGUCGGAGCACGGUGGCAUGCAGUUCCAUGCCGAUCUUCUUCCCGAUGCCGUGAUGGGCUACCAGCAAGGGUAUCGUUAAGUCUGUCACUAUGAGUAUGUACAUAAUAUAUCUAUAGCUUCAGUUUGGCCUUAAUUAGCAAGGCAUGGAGCUGGCGGAUGGGUACACACUUUUUUCUUCUUCAAACGGACAGGUACAAAUGUUUGUUGUCCUGGGUUUAUUAUGGAUGUUGAAAUCGAAUUCUUCAUAGCUAGCUACUCCAGUUACAAACUUGCAAUGCAAAGCACAACUCUAUAUGGCGAGGAUUGCACAGUGUGCAACUCAGGAAUGUCAUGAAGAUUUUUUUGUAACAAAAUGUAUGUAAUUGUGUACCUUUUGUGCGUUGUCUAAGAUAUGUUGCGAAAUAUAUAGAAAUUACUCAA